GCAAAAACAGAAGGAGCAGUUUUCUUGGGUGCUAGUAAUGUGAGUAGGUGACUGAUUCUAAUAGGCUCCUGUCUUCACGUCCCAAAACUAAAAGCUUAAUUGGCUGGCCCUGAACCUGGAGUGUUUUUGGGGUCAGUUAAAAGAAACUUAAAAAGGCUCGAGAGAGGGCGGAGGGAUCUUGAGUCUUAACUCUCUAAAACAUCUCGCACUUUAUUCUCUCUUCAAGUUCGGUGCUUUGCCUGUCUACCCAGAAGGAACGAGGCUUUUUUUGUUGCAUUGGAGAGAAAUACACACGCACUCUCUCUCUCCCUACUCUCUACAUUGUCUUGUUCUACUAUCAGAAUCUCAUAGUCUUACUUCCACGCAUCACUUCUCUCUUUCCCUGUUUCUUUGUUGGUGUCUGUUUUAAUUGCUUCUCUUUCCUUUCCUUAAUUUUUUUUGUCUGGGACCUGACAUAGAAGAGGAAGUGUACGAAAAAACAAACGCUCAAGCUGGUAAACUGGGUUAUUAUUCACUCUCUGUCUAUAAAAUGCAGAGGAGCUGCGACUUUCUUUGUUGACUCUCUCGUUUUCUCUUCCUUAACCAGAGAAACAGAGCACUACCCUCUCUUCUUUCCCUUCUUCUCCUUUUCCUUACCACUGAACUUCUCCCUUUAUGUGAAAAACAAGAGCAUCAACUUGUUCUUGGAUUGUUCGAGGAAAAUGAAAUCUUGUUUCAGGAUUCUUUGAAAUUCCUGAGAUUUCGUUUCUUUCAACAUUCAUAUUCUAUUCUAAGCAAACCCAGAACAUCAAGCCAUAGUUUAACAAAGAGGGACUUAUAUCUUGCCAGUAUUGCAAUAUAAUCUGAAGAGCUAUAUGAAUUUGUGAAACAAUGAGAGAUGAGAACUCGAAGAAGAGCAAGCUUUCAUGGCCUAAGACACUGGUCAAGAAGUGGUUUAAUAUCAAGAGCAAAGCUGAGGAAUUUCAAGCAGAUGAUGUCCUUUACGGAGGUGGCGGUGAAGAGUGGAGGCACAACUUCUCAGAGAGAGAAGCAUGCACCAUCAAGAAAAGCAAAACAGAGAUAUCAUACAGGGGGCACUCUGGUGGAGUGCAGCGAGGCAAAAUUGACCUUGAUGCUGCACAAGUUACAGAUGUGAACAAUUAUAGGAUAUUUGUAGCAACUUGGAAUGUAGCUGGAAAAUCUCCUCCAAGUCAUUUGAACCUUGAGGAUUGGCUUCAUACUUCACCUCCUGCUGAUAUUUAUGUUCUUGGGUUUCAAGAAAUUGUGCCCUUGAAUGCUGGAAAUGUUUUGGGCACAGAAGACAAUGGACCGGCCAAGAAAUGGCUAGCUCUUAUUAGGAAGACUCUAAAUAGCCUUCCUGGUACCAGUUGGGGUUACCAUACUCCUUCACCAGUCUCUGAUCCAAUAGUAGAAUUGGAUGCAGACUUUGAGGGAUCAACGAGACCAGGGGAUUCACCAGGUGCUACUCAAUACCCACCUAUUGAGUACAGUGGAUCCUUGUCAAUGGAGGAUAGAGAUAGACAAACAGGCCAGUCAAGUUACUGUUUGGUGGCCUGUAAGCAAAUGGUUGGGGUAUUUCUAACGGUAUGGGUAAAGAACGAUCUUAGAGAUGAUGUUCGCAAUCUCAAAGUGUCUUGUGUGGGCAGAGGAUUGAUGGGUUAUCUCGGAAACAAGGGCUCGAUUUCAAUUAGCAUGUCAUUGCACCAAACAAGCUUUUGCUUCAUCUGUAGCCAUUUGACAUCUGGGCAGAAGGAGGGAGACGAGCUGCGGAGAAACUCUGAUGUUAUGGAGAUCCUUAGGAAGACAAGGUUUCCUAGAGUUCAUUCCAGAGGAGACAAAAACUCCCCUCAAACAAUUCUAGAGCAUGAUCGAAUCAUUUGGCUUGGUGAUUUGAAUUAUCGGAUUGCCUUGUCUUAUCGUGCCGUGAAAACUCUUGUCGAGAUGCAAAAUUGGAGGGCGUUGUUAGAGAAUGACCAGCUUCGGAUAGAGCAGGGACGAGGGCGAGUUUUUGAUGGAUGGAAUGAAGGCAAGAUAUAUUUCCCCCCUACAUACAAGUAUUCCAAUAACUCAGAUAGAUAUGCAGGGGAUGAUAGGCACCCGAAGGAGAAACGAAGGACUCCUGCAUGGUGUGAUCGUAUAUUGUGGUAUGGAAGGGGCCUCACUCAGUUAUCUUAUGUCCGUGGGGAGUCAAGGUUCUCAGAUCAUAGACCAGUUUGCGGGGUAUUUUUGGCUGACGUUGAGUCUAUAAAUCGUAGCCGAAUAAAGAAAAGCACGAGUUGCUCCAAUUCUAGAAUUGAGGUAGAAGAGCUGUUGCCGCACUUACAUGGAUACACCGAAUUCAAUUUCUUUUGAGGAUGGAUAUACAAGUCACCAGCAUUGCUAGGAUGUUUGAGUAAGCAGGUUCACUGCGCUGUCCCAGGAAUCCGUACCAAUUCUAGCUCGAUGUUUUGUGUAACCUUAAUGUCGUCCUCAGUUAGCGUGGGCGCUCUGCUAUGAAACUCUGCCUUGCUAGUGAUGGGGGCAUUCUGUUACCUACAAUCCAAAUGGAGGUGCAAUUUGUGCAUUUUGUCGAUAAUCUCUGACUCCACGAUAUUGUUAUUAGAUUGUAUAUUUUUCUCAUCAUCGGUUCCUUGUUGGCAAAUGCAACCGCUGGUAGCUCAAAACAAUACAAUCCUUAUCAUACUAAUAAGGAUGCACUUGCUGAGUCCUGGAGCUUUUUAGAGGUUUAAUUCGCUGACAAUUCAUUUGUGAAAAAAAGCAUAAAUGAAAUCAAGGAAUUAAAAAAUCUUACACACCAAAAGAAGAACAGUCACUUGUUAUUGGUUUUUUUUUAUCUUCCAUUUUGCUUCCCAUACUACUCUGGAAAGAUGGUAAAAGAAGUGGUAAUGUGAUGCACACUCAUUACAAAUAAGGAAAAAGGAGGCAGAACUUGAGUUUCUAUGAAGCUUCUUUUUCUCUGUUUCAGCUUAUGAUUUUACUGGAAAAGAAAAGUAACUUGUUCUGAUCAUCUCAUUGUUAUUUUAUAUCUCAUCUGAAAACUAAACAGGACAAUGAAAGAGAGUAAAAAAGCACAAGCUUUGUGCUUUCUUGAAGGCAUGUCUGCUUGGUUACCAGUAAGUCAUCAUGCAUGCAGGUUAUAUUUUUGCCAUUUUCUCCAGCACUAUUUCUCUUUCAGUGAGGGCUACAAAGCUUUUCUGUGCACAAGAUUGCCCCUACCACUCUCCAACAUGACAAGCCGAACAAGUAGUCCUCCCUAUUUUGCUUUCGAGAGCUUAUGCUCUAUAGCUGUAGGUGUGGUAGAAGUCAAAGACAUGUCAUGUGUGUUUAAGCUUUUAGAUGCGAAGUCCUUUUAUUUGCGCCCUAUCUUACUACGAGCUAGGGGUCAAAGUCGAAGCAUUCGUACUCGGUACCUCGACUCUGCUAGCCACUUGUUUUUGUACAAGUAGGUGCAACUUAUUGGUCAGCCUACCCAGGAUUGCCAGAAGCAAGAAAUUUAUGAAGAACUUCAUUUUCCAAACAGUCGCUCGUAUACAUUAAUGGGCAACACGUUUGUGCAAUUAAACCUUGCAGAAA